CAAAAAGACAGUACCGACAAACUUGCCCUCGGUUUCCAAGCAACGUUACAUGUCCCUACGGGUAACAGCCUCAUGAUGGUGACGUGAUCACUGCGAAAGAUUUGCGGUUUAUACUCGCGCUUUUGUUUGACUGGAGAAUUAAAAUAGGAAAUUCCUCGCGUGGAUUUUGCGACGACUUUCCAUCAUAUGUUUGUAACGAAGUUCCUAUCUUAUCACUGAUACUUGUUUUCCCAGCAAACUGCGGUGUUGAAAGGCAAGGCUCGGCCAGUAUCCUGGGGACCAGAGGAGAUCGGCAAAACAUUGAAGAAGGAAAACCCUGUGGAUAUUGCUUUCAAGGAAAAACAUCAAAAUUACGAACAACUUCAACGCCAAGCAACUGCGGAAAGCGCUGUGUUACAGGGAAAAUUACGACCUCAGCCGGAAAGAACUGCAAAACCAGAGAAAGCUCCAUUAACGGGGAAACUACGGGAGAAACAACAGGAUUUUGAACAGCGCGAUUAUCAAGCCCAGAGGGAAAAAGCUGUUCUCGAGGGAAACCUUCGUUUGUCCGCGACAGACGGAAAAGAAAAGAGACCAAACUCUGUAAUGGUUCCAAAGCGGGAACAAGUCAAACUGGACGAGAAGAAAGCUACUUUUGAACAACUUGACAGACAAGCUGAACAGGACGCUUCUAUUCUUCGCGGUCAACACCGUCCACCACUGACGGACACGGACGGCCGCAAGAGAUCAUCAAAAGUUGGUCUCCCGAGAGAUGCAAAUGUUGGCCUCCUGGAGAAACAGCGCACUUUUGAGGACAAGGAUUACCAAGCCCGAAAGGAAAGCGAAAUUCUUCAAAAGAACAAAAGAAAGUCAUUUGGUAGCCCCGUUAAAGAAGCCGUACCUCUGAGCACGUCGACUCGGCCGUACAUUGCCCGCUACCAGUCCCCUUCCGACAGACAAUCGGAACCCUCCGAUGUAAGAAGGAGAAACCAACAGGAGAGGACCUCUCGCCCAGUCUCUAACUACUACGAGUACAGCAGCUUUAAUGAUGUUCGCGAACCUGCACCAGGGGAAAGUAUCGCCCAGGUGUCAACAGUGGAACCAAUGGAAUCCGCCCCGUCUGCAGAAGAAUACAAUUCAAAGCAUAGUGAACGUACAGCCGAACACAAGAGACAGGAAUAUUCCGACUACGUGACACGACGUUAUGAAGAGUCUAGGAGAAGAAAAUCAUCUGGGGAGGAAACUUUAGAUAUCAAUUUGUCAGAUGCCAAAAAUUUGCCUUAUCGUGAUCUUGUGCGCGCGCCGCGCAAAAAAUCCAGGGAGACGUUCAUCCGCGAAAAAAACACUUUCACUCCAGCGGAAGAAAUGCCUUGGCGGAAGGAGGUUCGAGAAGUCAAGGAUAAGAGGAACUUUCUUUCUGAUGAACAGCGAGACCCGACUCAUGCUGGUCGGCCUAGCUCGCCCCGUUCUGAGCUCGGGAAAGCUCAGUAUCUUGAGCUUGUUGUUCCUCCUUCUAAAAGAGCUAUGGACAAUUUUGCUAGAGGUAAUGAGACAGUGGACGAACAGUCUGGGGAACUGCCGUGGAGGAAAGAAGUAAAAGAGAUCAGAAGAUCGCCUAGUGCGGAGGAACCGCCUGCGUUCCUGUCUAUGUCACAACCGCCACAGACGGAAGUGACGCGGGUUCGUCCUUCCUUGUUGAAGACACGAGAUGCAUUUGUGAGUUUAGAGGAUAACAAAGACAAAGAAGAAAUGCCCUGGAGAAGGGAAGUAAGGGAACUUAAGGAAAGACCAAAGACAGACGACGAACAGGAGUAUCAAGAUGAGGAUCCACCUCCUGAACUUGAGUCUUCAACUGAGCCAAAUCUACGCAAAUUAUCGUACAAAGAGUUUAUUAACGUGCCCACUAGAAAACGUCGAGAUGUCUUUCAGCCCGAUGUUGAAAAGGACAAGGAAGAAAUGCCGUGGAGAAAGGAGGUGCGAGAAAUUAAGAGAUCAUCAACAGAGGAAGAAGAACAGGUACAAAAGUCAUCUGCGCCAAUCGCUCAGUCUGCUCCCGACCAAGAUUACAGACGACCAGCAUACAACGAUCUUGUUGCGAAGCCCUCCAGGAAGGCUAGAGACAGCUUCGUAGCUUAUCAGGAGAAGGAGAAAGAAGAAAUGCCUUGGAGAAAGGAAGUCCGUGAAAUCAAAAGAUCGACAACCGAAGAUAAGCCGCUGCAGCGGUCAUCGGUUACAUAUGUCCAUUCAUCACCAGAAGACUCCAGAGACUACAAAAAGUUCUCUUAUCAAGAUUUUGUCGCCAGGCCCAGGAAAAAAUCUGUGGAUAGCUUUUUACCUAGUGAUGAAAAAGAGAAAGAAGAAAUGCCUUGGAGGAAAGAAGUUCGAGAGCUGAGAUACAGACCUCCUGAAGAGGAGCAAAUCAAUCAGUCAUCGAAGUCACAGCUUGAAGCGGCACCCGAUGAUUCGUUCCAUAGAAGUUUUGAGCGUCCCUCAAAGUUGAUUACUGAAAGUAGACGUCAACCGAGUCGUCCUGACACACGUGACGUCAGUCGAAAUGAGCCCGUCCGCCCAUCUGGAGUUCAAAACUUGUCAUACAAGGAUUUUAUCUGUCCACCUGCAAAGACAAGUGAACAGCCGGGGCAGGCACAGCGCAAGACUAAAGUGAAAGAUCUUACCAACAGGUUUGCUACCCUCGAAGCCGAGAAAAGUCGUCCAAAAGGAGACGGUCCCCCAGCGCGUAAGUCGUUAGUUGACGUAGCAGAGCUCAAGCGGAUAGAACGAGACAUGAGGACAAAGAGUUGGCAUGGCUUCCCAGACGAUUACGACUCUGAUGAUGAUUAUGACACAGCAAGCCGUCGUCGGACACGUUCAGAAGAAGAAGAUGAGGACAGAUUGCGGCAAACAUAUCAGCGAGAAAAAGUAUCGGGCAUGAAGGAGCUUGACGACGUGUUUCAAGACCCAGAGGGCUACUUUGACCAUAUUCAAGGCCCGCCAGCAGAAAAAUGUAAACAAGACGUGGUGGAAGAAGUGCCAGUUCAGUAUGAAGCUCCUUCGUGGAACGAACGUGAUGACAAAACAGUGCAAGUUGUGACCGUACGUUCGACAAAUGAAUAUGACCAUUACAGGCCACUUGCCCAGCACGGUCAGCCUUCUUCGUAUACUGCUCACCCAGACGUAUCUUACGAGAAACGUCCUGUCAGAGAAGACCUCGCUCCAAAAGGCAAACCAUCAGAUGAUCGUGUGGUAGUAACGCAAACGUGGAUUCAGCCCAAUCGCGUAGAACUAGCUGAAACUUCCCCUGAUGCUCUGGAAUAUGAACAUAAGGGCACUGCUAAUCGAGAGUUUAUAUGGAGGGACGAACGACCAUACCUGCGUGAAUAUGCAAAGGUUGAACCUUUUCAACCAGGUGGAAACUACCAAAGAAAGGAAGACACCUAUAUCCCAAGGGUUUCUGACCCUAACGAAGAGAAGUGUUUCAUUGAACAGAGUGAAUAUCCUCAGGAGAACCAGUCUUUUUAUUCAGGAAGAUAUGGUUACAAAGAACAAAAUCAAGUUCAAAACGACAACGACGACUGGAAGCCAAAAGAGUCACGUCCAAGAGAAAAUCAGCCUGCCAAAAUAUCGGUUAAGGAUGACCAUCCGAUGGUAUUUGGCGCACCGAUAGUGGUCACGGCAAAACCAAGGACACAACAAUCGACGAAACAUGAAGGACAUAGAGGUCUUAUACAGGAACAGCCUGGAAGUUACGACUUCGUUCCAGUUGAUGAAAGAUAUUUCAACGGCAGGAAUGGGUUCAAGUCGAUGCAAGAUGAUAGAGAUAUGUUUCCAACUGAAGAAAGACCAGCAUACAGGUCCAUGCAGGAUGAUCGAGAGGACAUAGAGUAUAGAAAGAGUCUUGUCCUACAGGACAUUAGAAGUCUCGGGAAAAAAGGCGUGAAUAAACCACCUGAAGAAACCAAAAAUCCUUCCCGACCACAAGUAUUUGGCGUGUUUGCACGCACUGAUCCAAAAGAAACGCAGAAACACUAUGAUCUACAAGAACGCCAAUCGUCGAAUUUACGGCAGAAGCAUAUGGAAGACAAUCCUCAUGGAAGUCGAUUUGGCGAAACGCGUGUCUUAGAUGGCAACGAUAGAGAUGAUACCAAGCGCGAAGAAAGUGAUUCAUUGUACGUGGAAGCAAGAUUGGAGGAGUACGACGAAAAAGCCUACGAUUACGAAAAGAGUGUGUCAACCCACGCGGAACUACACCCUUUGGUUGUCUCUACGGUUGAGAGUCAAACCCGGCAGUGGGGUGAUGGGGCGUUUGACUCAUCGCCACAAAACGAUGAACAACGAAUGGGAAGAAGACGGGUUAUGAACUUCUCAGAUGACCUGGAAGAUAAAAUGUCGGAUGACGACAAGAUCGGGACAGUCAACGUAAUUGGCAGUGAUAACGUUUUCCAAACAGCAUCGGAACCUGUUCAGAUAGCAGAUUACGAAGUGGAUCGAAGAAGAGAGCAGAAAGAAAAAGAAGAGAUGCUGAAGGAGCAGUUACGCGAUGCUGAAUAUAGAGAAAAAUACAGGAGGGAGUUUGAGGAAAAGAAUCGUAAACAACAACAAAAGACGAAGUACCUCAUGAAUUUACAGAUGAGAACAUCGCUAGACCCUGACGAGGAGUAUGGCGAAGAGGAAGACAAACGUCGAGACACCAAAAUAGAUGAGGAGAACGAAAUUCCUCGAGGACAAGACCGAUUAAGUGACGAAGUGGUUGCAGUAGAAGAAGACUAUUGGCAUAAAAAGAUGGAGAAAAAGCCAGAGCAGGAGGACAGGGAGACUAGUCGUCAUGAACGUCCCCAAAGAUAUAGUAGUGACGACUCUCAAACGCGCAUUAACGGAAUUGAUUUUGUUGGCGAGCAAGAUGUUGUCCGCAGAGAAACCAAAGUGUUUGACCAGGAGGAGCGUCUUCGGAAGCUCAAAGCUGAAGACGAAUUCAUGGCCCAAGAAGCUGAAAGGCUAAUGAGGGAGAGAGUUGCUUUGAAACAACGGACACUAAUCGAAGAGCCCAUUAUCUCACCAGUACAAAAACCUCCUGUGGAGUUUUCAAUCAACGAGGAUAUAUUUAAUGAAUUUCUAGCAGAAGAAAAACGCAACAAGAACACGUAUGACGAGAAUGGAAAUCAUAAGGCAGCAAACACGAGAAUUUCUAGCCAACUAGAGGGCUACUAUAAUGCUGAAGAAAAUAGACCUUUGAGAGAGCUGGAGCUACGUGAAAAGAAAAGACAAUAUUCAGAGAACAUCUCAAAACCACAAGCAGAGGUUAUUCCGAUGAACGGACAUCGUUACGAAAGUGACGUUUACCCGAAAGCACCAGCUGAAGUAUUUAGAGAAAAUGGAGAUUAUUUCCGGCAAGAUGACUUUCCAGGAAAAACUGACGCAGCUCCAGAAGUGAAUGGCUUUGACGGCUAUAGUAUUUACGAGACAUUUAUUCACGGUGAGAGCAAUCACGUGAUCUGCACUAGCUGUGGUACGUCAAUUGAGAAAAGUCCCUCGAUGUACGUAGCAGAGUUGGACCGAUACUGGCACGUCAACUGCUUCUGUUGUGUGGUGUGCCGAACGUGGUUUGGCGACGAGUUCAGCCCUGUCCUUCACAUCACCAACUCCAUACUGCAUUGUGAGAGGUGCUACAUAACAGAUGAAGGUGAAAGAUGUACUGAGGUGUAGUCCAAGAACGAUUUUAUUGACAUUUUUAAAUCACAGCCAACGUAGCAAUGAUGCCGAUUUUUUUUUACGUUUGUCAGUAUUUUUUAGUUGAAGUAUCGAAAACCAACGCGUUACAACGCGUUCUCAGUUACCGGUUGAUUUAGAGAACAGAUUUCAAAACAUUAUAACACACACUUAGAAAACAGAUUGAUGAAUGCCCUUUUUUAUUAGGGAUAUAUCGUAGUUUUUGUGUUAGUACAAAAAUUGACCCUCAGAUGUGCAAGAUUAGGUCGUUUUAAACGAUAGGGGUAAUUUUGCAUGCGUUGCAGACCGUGCCAAACUACGUUUUGUUUGCCACGCACCAUUGGUGGUAGUGCGCUGAAAAUGUGAGUUUUGAGUAAGGCCAUUUCUCUUUUUGUUAUUUAGGUCUCUACUUAGCUUUACCUUUAGAGUUCAGAUCCGUGAUCCCCUUCAUGGGAUAAGACCGUUAUUGGAACUAACAACGGAAGCGUGACCUUACUUCUGUCACGCAAUGCUAAGCUCUCUGGAUGAAAGCGUAGCGCUGCGUGACUAGAAGUAAUGCUUAUCAAGGCCAUAAGCCUUAGCUUUACCUGCCAUAGACCUUACAUUAUCCAGCAGUCAUAAUGUCUUCCAAAUCUAGGAAGCCUCUUGUACAUUCUUUUUCUCUCGUCUUGGGUUUGCAUGGCUUAAAGGUUGAUCUUAUUACAGGUUACCUUUCACUCUG